UGUCUCAUUGUCCAAAAACUGCGAGAGUUGUCUGGAUUUGGAUGGGAUGAGACGAGGAAGAUUGUCAUUGCCAGUAACAAAGUGUGGGAUGAUUACCUUGAGGCACAUCCUGAAGCCAAGGUUUGGCAUUCGACACCAUUCCCCCUCUAUGAUGACAUCAUUGUGCUCAUGGAUGGGUGUCAUGUAACUGAUGAAGGGGCCCUGCAUAUUGGGUACAAGACGAGCCCUCCCUGGCCAAGCACACUUCUCGACAAUGAGGAUGAUGUCUUUGUAGGUGAGGAUGUACUCAGAGGGAAUCCUGAGUCUGAAUCAGCUGAUGAGAAAUCUAUACCUGUUUCUCACACUCCGCGUGUUCCGAAACAUGGACAUGCUCCUUCAGUAUCACCAACUUCGACUGGAGUCCAUAAAAAAUGUUCUAAUGUGAAGCUGACUGGACCAGCAGCAAUUCUUGGAGUAGCUGAUGCUCUUGAAUCUGUUGCUAUGUCAUUCACUACUCCUACUAGUUUUCUUGAUGAUGUUCCUAGUACUCCAAAAUGUCGCAUUAAUGCCAUCCAGGCUGUUUGUACUGAUGCUACCCUAUCUUCUGAUGAAUGUGCCAAGGUUGUUGCGCUUUUUACCAAGGAUGUAGCUAUUGCAGAUGCCUAUACUGCCAUUUCAGAUGUCUCUCUCUGUUCUAUGUACAUUCAUCUAGAACUCGAAAAAUAG